GCGUCGCCGGCGCUGAGAUCGUCCAGCUGUGGGUCGUCCCGCCCCCGACGGGCGUGAACCGCCCCGUGCGCGAGCUCAAGGGCUUCACCAAGGUGUUCCUCACCCCCGGGGAGAAGAAGACGGUGCAGAUCACCGCGGAGAAGAAACUGGCAACGAGCUGGUUCGACGAGCAGAGGGCGAAGUGGGCGAGCGAGAAGGGCGAGUAUAAGGUUGAGGUCACGGGCACCGGGGAUGAGGUCCUCACUGGUUCUUUCUCCGUGGAGAAGACCAGAUACUGGCUGGGUCUGUGAGGUGGAUGUGGUUUCCUUCACAAAACAAGACGUACAUAUCUAUCUGUGUGUAUAUAUACCUCGACGAUAAACUAGAUUUGUUUGGUCUUGGUUUGGGUUUGACUUUGUGUUUGGUUCUGUUGUCUGCUUGUGGAAUCAGAAAAGAAGGGCAGAUGGAUGGAUGAAUGAAUGAAUAAAUGAGACGAGAUGAUGAAAAAAGUCAGAUCGGAUGAUAGCGACAAAUUGAAUUGGAUUUAUUGAUU